GAGAAGAAGCAAAAUAAAGAAAAGUCGGAGUGAAUGGCGACGGAGAGGUAGAAAUUUUACAUUAAUCGAUGAUGAAACCAGACAACUUCUAUCCAAUCUCUGGAGAUUGAUCAAUAAGAACAAAAUUGUUACUCCUUGACGGGGCUGAACACAAGGAGGUAUUCUGUGUUCAGCCCGUGAGAAACCUGAUUUUUCCGGCAUCUAUUGGUUUAUCGAACACAAGAACAGUGAUGAGCUUAGCGGCUGAUUCCCCCGUGCACUCUUCGAGCAGCGAUGAUUUUGCAGCAUUUCUUGAUGCAGAGCUGCAAGGUACUUCUUCAGAUGACGAACACGAGAAUGAUUUUGAAACAGAGAGGAUUAAAAAACGUAAGAUGGAUGAGUUGGACAUUUUAGAGAAGUCUCAAGGGACAACUUCACAUGGAGACAGAGAACAGGAACUAGAUGCCUCCAUAAAUGAGGAAAUAUGUCCUCCACAUCCCGGUUUUCUUAGAGGGAUGUGCAUAAGAUGUGGACAGCUAGAGGAAGAUGAAUCAGCCGUUGCAUUUGGCUAUGUACACAAGGAUUUAAGGCUUGGCACAGAAGAGAUUUCUCGACUACGUGGGGUGGACCUGAAGAAAUUGCUACGCGAUAAAAAACUUUACUUGGUGCUUGAUUUGGACCAUACCUUGCUUAAUUCAACCCAGUUUGCUGAUCUAAGUUUGAAAGAGGAGUACCUGAAGGACCAUACGUUGGAAGAUUUCUCAAAUGGCAGCCUGUUCAGAUUGGACUUUAUACACAUGUUAACAAAGUUAAGGCCCUUUGUUCAUACCUUCCUAAAAGAAGCAAGUAGCAUGUUUGAGAUGUAUAUAUACACAAUGGGAGAACGUUCCUAUGCUUUGGAAAUGGCAAAGCUCCUUGACCCUGGGAAGGUGUAUUUUAGUUCCAGAGUAAUCUCACAAGCUGAUUGCACGCAAAGACACCAAAAGGGCCUUGAUGUGGUACUGGGAGCUGACAAUGCCACUGUGAUACUUGAUGAUACAGAACAAGUAUGGGAGAAACAUAAAGAGAACCUGAUUCUAAUGGAAAGAUAUCAUUACUUUUCUUCAAGUAGCCGUCACUUCCGCAUUAAUACAGAAUCCCUUUCUGAGUUGAAGAGGGAUGAAUGUGAGUCUGAGGGUGCACUUGCGACUGUUCUUAAAGUUCUUAAGCGCAUUCAUGAGAUGUUCUUUGACCCGGAGCUUGGUGCCAAUCUUGCAAGCAGAGAUGUAAGACAGGUUCUGAAGAUGAGAAGGCAAGAAGUACUGAAAGGUUGUAAAAUAGUUUUCAGCCGUGUAUUUCCGAAACUGGAGGCUGAGAGUAACCACUUUUGGAAGAUGGCGGAACAUUUAGGGGCCAUAUGCUGUACAGAAGUUGAUCCUUCUGUAACACAUGUGGUCUCAAUAGACACUGGAACAGAGAAGGCUCGUUGGGCUGUGCAACAUAAGAAGUUUCUGGUUAACCCACAGUGGCUGGAAGCAACCAACUACCGAUGGAAACGGCAGCCUGAAGAAAAAUUUAUCAUUAAGCACAUUAAGAACCAAUGGCAUAAAAGACCUUAACAGUUUCUCACUGAAAAUAGAAAGCCUUAACUGGAAUUAACUUCUUUUGUUGAUCAACCAAUUUCUCAUGUACUUCGCUGUUACCUCAAAAGUGUACAGCAUGUUUGGUUAAGACUGAAUUCCUUCUCUCAACCCCCACACCUCAACCUCCCAUAGAAACUGCACACACGCAACUUGUAUACAUUUUUUUCAGAUGCACAAUUGAGAAAUAUGAAAAUCUUGUACAGUGUUUCAGGCUUUCAGCCCAAGAAUGACGAACUUUACUACUGAA